CGCGGUCUGCUUCUUGAUGACGUGUUGCGUCAUUCUAUCAAGCACGAAAGGCUUCUGGAAGAAUUCAAAUGUCGAUCCAAAAAACACUACGUCGCUCUUCUUAAGAUGAAGAAAGAAAAUCUAAAACAAAACAUGGUUAUGUUGUCGGCGCAGUUCUAGGACAGGAUUUUAUAACACAUCUUAUCGAGGAAUCUUGGAGUAACGUUAGGCGAUUGCCUCUCGUCGAGAGUCAAGAUGCCAGUGGACAGAAUGAGAAUGCGCCCCUGGUUGGAGCAACAGAUUACCAGCGGGGAAAUUCAAGGUCUUCUCUGGGUCGAUAAGGAUAAAAGGAUAUUUCAGAUACCAUGGAUGCAUGCAGCCAGACAUGGAUGGGAUUUGGAAAAGGAUGCACCUUUAUUUAAGAACUGGGCCAUUCACACAGGAAAGUAUCGUCCAGAUAUUGACAAACCAGAUCCUAAGACAUGGAAGGCAAAUUUCCGCUGUGCUAUGAAUUCUCUACCAGAUAUUGAGGAAGUGAAAGAUCAAAGCAUGAAGAGAGGAAGCAAUGCCUUCAGAAUGUACAGGAUGCUUUCCUCAUCCGAAAAAGCAGCUAAGAAAGGGAAGAAAAAGAUGGACCUGGAGCAAAGAGCAAAAUGUUUUCAGAAACGGAAAGCUGGCACUCCCAGAAAAAUUAAAAUUCUAAAAGGACAGUUUGAAGCAGAGUUUAAGAUAGAAACUUCACCGGACAGCACUGUGCUAUUUGCUGAGCAGGAGAGCUCCCCUGAACUACAUGAUGUGUGUGCAGUUGUUGAGGUGGGAACAGAGAAUGAAGAACCUGGGGUUUUCCCCGUUGAAGUGUCUCUGCCUCUCCAGGACUCCCAUGUUUCUGGUUCCUCCCAUGAGAGUGACACAGAGAGCACAUACAGCGACGAAGACUUGGUACAGCUUCCUCAGGACCUGUCCAUAAAAGCUAGAACAUCAUGUAGUUCUGUGUUAAGGAUCCCACCAUCCAAUUCCUCACCAAACACAUUUUUCACAUCAGCGAAAACAAAUUUCCGAGUAACCAGCUGCAGAGAGGACUCGCCCCUAAUUGCCUAUAACACUCCUCCAUGGUUUCCCUGCCCGUUUAAUUUCCAAAAUGUCACAGACGUGCGACCCUCAAGCCCUGCCCAAAAAACAGAUCUCGCCAGCAGCCCAACUUCUCAGGCCAGUGUGAUGGCUAAUGCUGUGGACCUCUCUGUUGCAAAAAACAAAACACUACAAUGAAGACAUGUGAAAUGCACAACCUGCUGCUGUUCAGCUGAUAAACAUGCACCCCAUAAUCCAAUAUUAAUCAACUGGUCUCAGGUCUUAGACUUGUGUUGAUGUUCAGCUUUUAAAACCAAACCGUUUUAAAUCC